CUGACAGGAAGUCCGUCGCUAUUAAAGAGCCGUGAGUUUGAGGCGCGUUGCAGAGGGUUCCGCUUGUCAGACGUCGACAGACAAUGCGCUGCUGCCUGCUGUUGAUUGGUCCAUGGACAGGCCAGCUCUGUAGCAGCUGCCGUCAUCCGGUCAGACGUGGUGUGGAUGCUGAGUUCGAUCCCUCACUCUCCUGCUCCCUUUGGAUCCUCCAGAUGGAUGCCGAGGAUCCGCGGCUGAGAUGAGAUAAGCCCUCUCCUCAUCUUAUCUCCGCCGAGCUGCUGCAGCGCCGCAGGAGGAAAAAGACGUGGGCACGUUGUGACCCGUGAAAACACUGGAGUACACUGGAUAUUUGUGAGUGAGUGAGUGAGUGUGUGUGUGUGCGUGCGUGCAUCUUCUACUUUGGGCAGUGAGCCGUGUCACCGUGAGCUGCGGAAGCUGUGCCUGUUAUAGACGAUGGUCCCCGCGCUCCUCUCCAGAGGUGAUGUGAGCUGAACCCGCCGGGCUGUGUGGGGGGGAGAGCCGCAGAGGAGCUGUCCGUCUCUUGAGGUGCUGAUGCGGCUGUGACCAGCGAGCAUGGCUGCCGGGAAGUUGCUGCUCUACGCCGGGCUCUCGCUCUCUCUGUGCGCCCUGGGCAUGCUGGCCGUGGCGAUGUGCUCCGACCACUGGUACGAGACCGACGCCAGGAGGUACAAGGAGCGGUGCCGAAGCUUCUCCAGCCGCCGCAAGGACCCGGGCUUCAUCUACAUCCCCAACAUCAGCCUGCCGCUGCGGGCCAGCCGGAGCAGCGCGCCCCGCUGGGAGGAGAAGCUGCUGCUGGCCCGGAACCGGCGGCAACUGUUUGCCAUGAGCGCCGCGGACGAGUGCAACCGGCAGUACAACUCCACCAACAUGGGGCUGUGGAGGAAAUGCCACCGGCUCGGCUUCGACCAGGAAAUCGAAGAUCUCAUCCGGAAAGGUUCCAUUGCAAGGUGCUCCUACAUCAAAUAUCACUACUCCUCAGCUACGAUACCCAAAAAUCUCUCAAACAACAUCACCAAGACAAUAAGGCAGGACGAGUGGCACGCCCUCCGAACUUUCUGCAUCAUUUCCCUCUGUACCUGUGUCGCUGGCAUCAACUUUGAGCUUUCCCGUUACCCACGGCAUCUGUUCGGCCUGCCUGAUGACAUUGGCCAUGGCUAUGGAUGGUCCAUGUUCUGCGCUUGGGGAGGCCUCGGCCUCACCCUCAUCGCCGGCUUCUUCUGCACCCUGGCUCCCUCUGUCCAGCCGAUACCCAGAUCCACCUGCCCCAAGUCCCGACAGGAGAACGGCACCGUCUGCUAA